GAAAAGGCUGUUUCCUAAAAAGACCGUCAGAAUAAGAAAUGUGGCUAGAAAGCGUUUGUAUCACUUUCCUCUCAGCAUUCAAAGAAUGACGUCAUGUUAAGAUUCAGAAUUUGGUGUAGCAUUUCUCUGGUCAUUGUUGCUGGAAAGAUCAGCGAAGGAAUUGUACCGAAUGUAACGGAGGGAGACUUCAUCUAUAAUUUGUCAUGUUUAUCACCAGACAUCAAAGGAUUUUUACAAGAAGCAUGGCUGGAUAAUAUACAAGGAAACAACUUGAGCUCGUUAUUGGAGCAUCAGGAUUUUCCUGACAAUCCCAAUCGCUCCGAACCUGUCUCUAAUACUACAUAUCUACCCGAGCCACAAUAUGGCCAGCGGCUUCGUGCCUACUUCGCCGCGCCUGAAAGUGGAAUGUAUCACUUUCAUCUGUCCUGCGACGGCGCAUGCGUGCUUCGGAUCGAGAGUAAGAUUGGGAGCUCAUUGACGAGGUGUCAAAACGCAUCGAAGGGCAUACACAUGACGGCCGGAUCUUUUUAUUAUUUGACUGUGCUUCACGUUGUCUCAAACGAGAGCUCGUAUAUUUCGAUGUCUGUCACGAAGCCAAACGGAACUCUACUUAGUCCGUUGCCUUUAGAUUAUCUUGUCGCUUACAAGAAAGAUGGAAUCCUCGGCGAAUACAUUCCAGGAGACUGGGGCGAGUGGAGCGCAUGUCAAGGGGGAAUCCAAACACGAAACCGCUCGUGCCAGGUUUUCCCGUCUGUCUACAGCAGGCUGAAUUCUUCCUAUCAGCUUUCUGACACCAAACAAUGCGGCAAAAAUGUAUCUUGUCAGAAAAACCAAACAUGUUUAAGUUGUCCUCUGGGUGUCAAGACAGGCUCAAUAACAGACAAGCAGCUAGUAGCCAAAUCUUCUUACGACAACUUAACCCAUCCUCGAUACGCACGAUUGGAUGGACCUAGCUCCUGGUGCCCAGGUUCAUCAGACCGCCUUUUAAAAGUCAAGUUGGUUGUACCACACGUUAUUUGCGCUGUUGCUACGCAAGGGAAUUCUCAGCGGAAAUCAUUUACUAAAAAGUACAGACUUCAUUUUCAAACGAGUCAAGGAAACGAUCUUUAUGAAGAUUCAAGCGGAAAUAAGACUUUAGAAGGGAAUUCUAAUUCAAACACGGUCCAUGUUAACACACUCGAAGGCGACGUUAUGGCAAACACUGUGACUUUUAUUGUACCGAAUAAUUAUUCAUGUCUGCGCGUGGAAAUCUAUGGAUGGCCAUUAGAUAACUUCACAGCCAUAGCCCCAACUCGUCCGCCAAUAAUUAAAGAAGUCUUCCAAGAUCCACGCGACAUGCAUGUUAUUGGCAUUUCUUGGAGUCCUCCAAAAGUCUAUGGGGGUCUAGUGACAGGAUACAAAGUCAUCUUCCACUAUACAAACGGCCGUCACCAUAAUUGGACACUGGAUGGAAACACAAGUUCACUCUAUGUCGGGAUGGGCGCCAACCAUACAUACUGUGUAACUGUGUUGGCUUUUAAUGAGGCUGGAGAUGGACCGGCUGCAAAGUGUAUUAAUAUUACAACUCGGGAUGGUGCCUGCCCCAUUUCGUGGACAAGAUAUCAAGACUCGUGCUAUUUCCAUGUAAAGAAACCAACAAACUGGUCACGUGCCAAGCAGGAAUGCAUCAGUCGCCACUCUCAUCUUGUGACCGUCGCCAAUUACGAAGAGAACAAAUUUGUUGCAGCUUUGGCUGACAACUUUUCCUGGAUAGGCGCUGAGUGGAAUGAGGAAAAGAGAACGCACUCGUGGGUGGAUGGUUCACCCAUCGAUUUUUACCCGAAAGAGUGGAAAAAUAAUAAGGAAAGAAGCACUUUGUGCGUCAGGAUUUGUGGUAGUGCCUUAAAUAAUCCACUAACAUGCAGUGGUGCGUGGCAAAAAGAGGAAUGCACUCAAGUCAGACCUUAUAUCUGUGAGAGGAAAGUCGCUCCCGACCCUGACAACUUGGAGUGCAAGGACACGGGCAUUGGACUUGAAUAUCGCGUUAGGUACAACGACAUAUUUUCAGCAUCUUCCUCAUUACCCGACAAACAACCACACAAAGCUCGAUUGGCCGGGGAAGGAGCUUGGUGCCCAGAGAGAAAUUCUACAGAAGAAUACUUGGAGAUAGAUUUGGGUUCUUCGUACAGAAUCUGCGCUCUCGCUACACAAGGACUGCUUGGCGAAAACAGCGCUUUUACCAAAACGUAUCGUCUACAGUUUUCCAUUGAUGGCUUACGAUGGGACUGGUAUAUCAACGAAACCAGUGAGAUCUUUCAAGGAAAUCAAAAUUCCUACGAAGUAUCGAAAAGAGGGUUUAAACAAAUUCCGCUAGCUCAAUACGUUCGCAUCUGGCCGGUGGAGUUCUUUGUUUAUCCCUGUUUGAGAAUUGAGCUUUAUGGAAAAAGUUUGAAAUCUCCAGGUCCACCUACCAGCGCACCAACAAAUUUGACCACGGAGAUUUUAUCGUUGACAACGGUAUUAGUAAGCUGGAAUUCCAUCCCGGACUACUUUGGUGGGGGCUUGGGAAUUACUGGAUAUAGGCUGUAUUAUCAAACAAAAGGAGCUGGUGCAAAGGGAUUAGAAGAGAAGAAAAGUGUAGAAAAUUCGACCAAACUGUUCAACCUGAAAUUGAAUGCGACGUAUUGCAUAAAAGUCGUUGGUUAUAAUGAAGAGGGGGAAGGUAAUAAGAGCGAGUGUACCGACCUUAACACUCCAGCAGCAUGUUUAAAGGGAUGGUCAAGCUAUAACGGAAGCUGCUAUCGUGCCUUUGGUCUAGGGGAGAAUGGAGGCAAGGUGAAGUGGAGCGACGCCUCUAUUGAGUGUUAUAACCAUAAUUCUGAUCUGGUGUCUCUCUACAGUAAGGCUGAGAAUCAGUUUGUCAAAUCCUUAACUGAAGGAAAGCCAAAGACUUGCUCGUGGAUUGGCUUGCGUUCUACGAGCGACCAACUCCAUUGGAACGACGGUUCUGUAGCGACCUUUACAAAAUGGAACAAUCGAACUUUAAGAGCACAUGAGUGUGUUGCUUAUGAUGAGAACAGUGAAGAUUGGAAGGUGAAACUGUGUUCAGAAAAAUGUUCCUUUUCCUGUAAGCGAAAAGAUUUCGCUUGGCCACAUCAAAACUGUUCUGAUAUGCCUCUUGGCCUAGAAAACAGAGCCUUACCAGACUCUGCCAUGCAAUCCAACAGAAGACAAUUCCACAAUUCAACCCAUGAUGCGCGCCUGAGUUCCGUAGAGGGGUGGUGUGCUUCACCCAAUAUGCAAGUUUAUCUCGAGGUCGACCUGAGAUCACCUCAUUUUAUUUGUGCGAUUGGUACCCAGGGGGUUCAGAGGAAUUCAGAAACUCAGCAUAGCGGGGUUUACGUGAGGAAGUACAGCGUUGAACUGGCAAACAAAGACAGGAAGUACGAGCUUUACAACGAAAAUGGAAUUGUCAAGGAAUUCGAAGCCAACAGCAACUACUACCGUGUAAAGAAAAACAUUUUGGAGCCUGGGGUUGUAGCGCGUUAUGUGAAGCUGCGGCCGAUGGAUCGGGGUGGCAAACCAUGUUUAAGGCUGGAAAUUUAUGGGCAAGAUGAUUCCACAAGAGUACCGACACGUGCUCCUGACAACGUUUCGUUUUCAGUUGACGAUGGUGGGAUGGUGGUCAGAUGGCGUCCACUGCCUGUGUAUUUUCAUGGGGACGUUCUCGGUGGAUACUUUGUAGAAGUUAGAACGACAGCUGACUCUUCUGAAGACAAAUGGCAAUCUUCUGCUGAGGAUAACAGUCAUAACUUCCCUACAUAUACUAAACGUGACAUCAUUGCCUGUGUGAUGGUCUAUGGAUUUACCAAUUAUGGCGACGGUGUUUCCAGUGGCUGUGCUAUUGAAGAGCAAGAAUCAGAAUCAGGAUCAGGAUCGGGAUCGGGAUCGGGAUCAGGAUCACAGUCAAGACCAGUCUGGGGCAGUUGGAGCUCAUGGAGUGUUUGUAGUCAGACCUGUGGUGGGGGCGCAUCAAAGAGAUAUAGAGCAGAACAACCGUGUAGUAGUAAACCGUGUAAUAAACAGUACCAGAAAAAAAAUUGUUCUGAACAUGCGUGUCCAGGUAACUUUUAUCAAAGAUUGGAUAACCUGGAUCAGGCCAGCAUUAGCUGGUGA